GUUAACACAGACAAAAACCCCAUAAUUCUUCUUCCUCUCUUCCCUCUUUCAACCCUCCUUACCUUAUCUUCUCCCCAUUUCUGUCUCACUCACCAACAAUGGCGACCGAAGAAGCUCCAAACGAAUUCGAAAAUCCACAAUACGACUCCGACGCCGACGCCGACUCCGCGCCCGCCCCAAUCGAGUCCUCCGCCUCCUCCGAUUCCGACUCCAACUCCGAAUCCGACGACGAGCCCCUGAGCUACCUCCGCCCCGACGGCAAGAUUCAGAAAAUCGACGACGGCUCCGACGCCGAGAACAUCCCCGAGGUGAACACACGCCGCUUCGCCAGAGUCCUGAACUCGAAGCGCCUCCGGAGAGAAGAGGAGGAGGAGGAAGAGGACGCGGAGUAUCCGGAGGACCAAUUCGACUUCCCGCCCGACCCGGAGAACUGGAAGGAGGAGGAUUUGAAGGAGCUGUGGGCGGAUGCUCCGAUUGGGAUGAAGAAGCCGGGCUGGGACCCGCACCAGGUGGAUGAGGAGGAGGAGGAGGUGAUAAGCGAGGAGAUUAAGGCCGGGCGCGACCCGCCGAUUGCCCCGUUUUAUGUACCGUACAGGAAGCCUUAUCCGGUGAUUCCGGAUAAUCAUUAUGAUAUUUCGAACCCAAAGGCGGUGGUUGAGGAGCUUGAUAGGAUUGAGGAGUUUUUGAUUUGGGUUAGCUUCAUUUUCGAGGAUGGGAGCACGUAUGAAGGUACUGUCUGGGAUGAUAUGGCCCAUGGGAAAGGGGUUUACACUGCUGAGCAAGGCUUAGUCAGGUAUGAAGGAGAAUGGCUCCAAAACCAAAUGGAAGGUCAUGGAGUGGUUGAAGUGGAGAUUCCGCAUAUGGAGCCUAUUCCGGGUUCCAAGCUUGAAGCUAAGAUGAGGGCUGAAGGGGAAAUCAUAUCAAGAGAUUUUAUGUCACCAGAAGAUAGGGAGUGGCUGGAGAAGGAUAUUGAAGAUAGUGUGCGUUUCACUAAUGGGGAGUAUGAAAUUCCUUUUUAUGAAAAUGAGGAGUGGGUCCGGCAAUUUGGACAGAAACCGGAGAAAGGUAGAUACCGAUAUGCUGGUGAAUGGAAACACGGUAGGAUGCACGGUUGUGGUGUAUAUGAAGUUAAUGAGCGAACAACCUGGGGUCGAUUCUAUUUUGGGGAACUUAUGAAUGAUGAGAAUGGUUGUGAUGCAGAAGUAUCGGCGCUCCAUUCAGGCAUCGCAGAGGUUGCAGCUGCUAAGGCGCGCAUGUUCAUCAACAAGCCUGAUGGAAUGAUCAGAGAAGAUAGAGGUCCGUAUUCUGAUCCCCAACAUCCCUACUUAUAUGAAGAAGAGGAUGUAUGGAUGGCACCGGGAUUCAUCAAUCAGUUCUACGAGGUUCCGGAUUACUGGAAAACGUAUGUCCAUGAGGUGGACGAGGAGAGGGGGAUGUGGUUGAACUCGUUCUAUAAAGCUCCACUUCGCCUACCCAUGCCUUCUGAACUCGAGUAUUGGUGGUCAAAAUACGAAGAGCCAGAAUUUGUGCUGAUUAAUAAAGAACCUGAACCCGAUCCUGAAGAUCCAUCGCAAAUGAUUUACACUGAAGAUCCCGUGAUUCUGCAUACUCCGACUGGUAGAAUUAUAGACUACGUGGAUGAUGAGUUACACGGGAUCAGGCUAUUUUGGCAGCCUGCUGCUACGAAGGAGGGUGAAGAGCCCAACCCCGACGAUGCUGUGUUUCUUCCACUCGGCAUGGAUGAAUUUUACGGCCGCGAAGUCAGUACUCCGGAGGAUACCUGGCAGAUACGCCUGAUGAAAUCGUUGGAAAGUAAAGGCACGUCGUUGCUGAGUGGGUUGGAGAAAUGGGCAGAAGAGAAGAAGAAAGCCAGAGAGGAUAAGCUGGAGAUGAUGAAAAAAGAAAUGGAAUUGAUGGAAGCUGAAAUGGAUUUGAAAGAAGCCAUUCAAGAAUUGGAUGAGGAGCUCAAGAUGUUGCAGCAAGAGGAGGAGAAUAAAGCGGGAGAGGAAGAAGAAGAAGAAGAGGAGGAGCGCGUUGAGGAGGAGAAACGAGCUUCGGUCUCUGAGCCAACAGCCCAAGCCGACCAAACGCCUCCAGUAGUCGAGGAGAAAGAUGAAGACGAGGAUGAAGAGGACGAGGAUGAUGAUGUUACGGGUUCCAGCUUCGGAUCAGUCCAAGGGCAGAGCUCCACGAAUAAAGACGACAAGGGUGGCAGAUUUGGAAAAUCAACAUUUGCAGCAUCUUCUCUCACCUUUGGUAGCCCUAAUCUUUUUUCCAUGGUACAAAGAAAUUUACAGAACCAGUUCUUGAGCUGGAAAGAGGGAAGGUUCCAAAAGGAACGGGCGAUUCCCACACGCAAUCAUGAAGAACGAUGCGAGUUGCUGAAUGCAUCGAGUGUUGGGUUUCCCCUCACCGGGAAAAGCUUGAAGAUGAGUUGGGCGGGGCAACGGAUGAUGUCUUAUCAUGUGCAACGUGCCACCGAGCCGAGCUUGAGAAAUCGCGUGAAGGCAAAAGCUUGGAAGGAGGCAGGAUCUGCUGUGGAGCUGAGCAUAUUGUCAUUCCAUACACCAUUGCCUCUGACGUGAGUGAAACUCGAGUUGUAUCCAUUUUUUGUAGUGACUGCGGCUGCUUAACGCAAGAUUUCAACUCUCUUUAAAUGUCAAAUUAAAUGAGUUGUAUUUCUUUC